GGCGGCGGCGCGGGGGGCCCCCUGCUAGCGGAAAGGAACCGUCGGACUCUGGCCUUCCGCGGGGGAGGCGCCGGGGGUCUCGGCAACAAUGGCAGCAGCCGCGGCCGCCCGGAGACCUCGGCGUGGCCCCUCAGGCAUUUCAAUGGGCGCGGGCCGGCGGCCGUGGAGCUGGAGCUGGACGCGCUGGAGGGGAAGGAGUUGAUGCAGGACGGCGCGUCCCUGAGCGACAGCACGGAGGACGAGGAGGAGGGGGCGAGCCCGGGCGACGGCAGUGGGGCGGAAGGCGGCAGCUGCGGCAGCAGCAGGCGGUCGGGAGGCGAUGGCGGGGACGACGCGGAGGGCAGCGGUGUGGGAGCUGGCGACGGAGAGGCUGUCCAGCACUUCCCGCUCGCGAGGCCCAAGUCCCUCCUGCAGAAGCUCCAGUGCUCCUUCCAGACCUCUUGGCUCAAGGACUUCCCGUGGCUGCGCUACUCCAGGGAUACCGGCCUCAUGUUUUGCGGCUGGUGCCACAAGCCCCCCGAGGAUGGCGGCGGUGCGGACCUGCCCCCGGUGGGGCACGACGAGCUUUCGCGAGGGACCCGCAACUACAAGAAGACCCUGCUGCUCAGGCACCACGUCUCCACCGAGCACAAACUCCACGAAGCCAACGCCCAGGAGUCAGAAAUACCGUCAGAGGAGGGGUACUGUGACUUUAAUAGUAGGCCAAAUGAGAACUCUUAUUGCUAUCAACUUCUUCGUCAACUAGAUGAGCAGAGAAAGAAAGAUAUUCUUUGUGAUGUCAGCAUUGUGGUGAGCGGGAAAAUCUUUAAAGCUCAUAAGAAUAUCCUGGUUGCAGGCAGCCGUUUCUUUAAGACUUUAUAUUGUGUUUCAAACAAAGAAAGCCCUAACCAAAACAAUACUACCCACUUAGAUAUUGCUGCAGUUCAAGGUUUUUCAGUCAUCUUGGACUUCCUGUAUUCUGGGAACCUGGUGCUCACAAGCCAAAAUGCCAUUGAAGUGAUGACAGUGGCCAGCUACCUUCAAAUGAGUGAAGUUGUCCAGACUUGCCGAAAUUUCAUUAAAGAUGCCUUAAAUAUAAGCAUUAAAUCAGAAGCUCCAGAGUCUGUGGUUGUGGACUAUAAUAAUAGGAAACCAGUUAAUAGAGAUGGCCUGACUUCAUCAAGGGAUCAAAAAAUUGCCAGCUUCUGGGCGACACGGAAUCUUACCAAUUUGGCAAGUAGUAUAAAAAUUGAAAAUGAUGCUUGCAAUGUCGACGAGGGCCAAAUAGAAAACUACCAAAUGAAUGACAGUAACUGGGUCCAGGAUGCUUCUCCUGAAUUGGCUGAAAAUGAAUCUCAAGGUAAAACAAAAGUGUUUAUUUGGAAUAAUGUGAGCUCUCAAGAGACUGGCAAAGCAAGGAGGAAAAACCAAACUACCAAGAGAUUUGUUUAUAAUAUACCACCUAAUAAUGAAGCAAAUGUAGAAGAUUGCUCAGUGAUGCAGCCACCUGUUGCCUAUCCAGAAGAAAAUAACGCCCUACUCAUCAAGGAAGAACCAGAUUUGGACGGUGCACUACUCUCAGGGCCUGAUGGUGAUAGGACCGUGAACACAAAUUUAUUGGCUGAAGCCUGCAGUGGUCAAGAUGCAGGUGAUGCUGGAGCAUCCCAUGAUUUCAAGUAUGGUGUGAUGCCUGGCGCUUCAAAUGACUUCAAGUAUGGAUUGCUACCAAGUACUUCAAAUGAUUUCAAAUAUGGAUUGUUACCAGGUGCUUCAAAUGAUUUCAAGUAUGGAUUAUUGCCAGAAUCUUGGCCCAAGCAAGAAACGUGGGAAAAUGGCAAGUAUUAUCAACAAAUACAAAAUGGUGACUCAUCUCUAAUCAUGAACAAGUUAAAAUGCCCUCACUGUACCUAUGUAGCCAAAUACAGACGAACACUAAAAAGACACUUGCUCAUUCAUACUGGAGUGAGAUCGUUUAGCUGUGACAUUUGUGGGAAGCUGUUUACUAGAAGAGAACAUGUAAAAAGACAUUCCCUGGUGCAUAAAAAGGAUAAGAAAUACAAAUGCAUGGUGUGUAAGAAGAUCUUCAUGUUAGCAGCCAGUGUUGGAAUAAGACAUGGAUCUCGACGCUAUGGAGUCUGUAUGGACUGUGCAGAUAAGUCACAGCCAGGAGGGCAGGAAGGUGCAGAUCAGGGACAGGAUGCAGAGUUCCCUCGGGAUGAAGAGUAUGAGGAGAAUGAAGGAGGAGAGCCUGAGGACGAGCUGGCUGAGAAUGGAGAUCAGAACGAUGCGUCUCGGUGGGAUGAAUCAGGAGAUGUUUGUAUGUCUUUGGAUGCUUAACUGACCUACUAUAUUCCUCAAGAAUGCUGCAUUUGGACAUACUAUGAAUCGACAAUUUGGAUUGUUGAACUUGAAGGCUUGCAAAAUAUGGUACAUGCUGGAUGGUAGUUACGUUGCUGUGAAAAACUGUAGGGUUAAAGCCUUAUAGCAAAAAAAAAAUUUUUUUUAUAUUUGCACAGGACUGUACAGCAAACAACCAUGUGGUUGGAUACAUGGAGUCCCCACAUUCAGUCAGUUAUCAAAGUAAAAUAUUUUUUAUUUAUAGGAUAUACAGUUAACUAUUUGGGUUCUAUGAAAAUAUAGUACUUGUCCUUUCUAGAGGUUACAUUCAUGUACUACUGUAACAUGAAUGAAGAAAAUCCAUUUAUGGAAGUACAGUGACAGUUGACCCAAUCACUCUGUCAAUCAAACCACUCAGGCUAGUUUGUACUAGUAGAGUUUUGUUUCUAUUUUUAUUUUAUUAAUUUUAUUUUUUUUAAUACAGAUUUUCAGUGAGGGGCUUUUUCAACCCCAUUGGUUCUAUUUUCUUGUAUUUUUUUCAUUUUAUUUGCUUUAUAACUUAAACCAAGUCUCUUCUAGUCUUAGAUAUUAUUUCUGAAUUCUGUGCUGAUAGGCAUGUUUAUAAGAACUGGAGAGGUAAUUUAUUGGAAUGAACUGACUCCCCUUCCUCCCUUCCACUUUGUCAUGAAUUUUCCCACUGCACAAAUGAAGAAUGAUGUUACGACGUUACCAUGGUGAAGCUGACAUAAACCACUAAACUGAUUAUGACUUAGAAGUGACUUUCCUGCUGCUCUGAUUCGAUAAAUGGUUACUAUAUGAUGUUUUCUGACAUGGGUUUUGGUUUUGGGUAUCUGUUACUUUGGCACUAUUCUUGUUUGCCUCUUAAAUUUUGCCAGUGUACUAUACCUCAGCCUUAUUUGAAAUACAGAAGUCUAAUUGAAGAAAAGUCAUAGAAAAAUGCAUAAAAUGAUUUGUUUUAUAAUUUAUCAUCCAUGUCCAGUUUGGUUAGCUUGUUAUGCAAAAUAAGUGAAAUAUCAGGGUUCCCCCCCCCCGUGCCCUUUUUUUAUCAUUAAAAUUAACCCAAAAUGUGCAUUCUCUUUUGUUUCAUACUUACCGGGAUAUUGAGUGAUAUAAAUUGUGGCUGGUAAUUUAUUUUUCCAUUCCUUAAAGUCACCAUACCUUGAUGAAAUCUUUAUAGUCACCAUGAUUGAACAAUCUGCAGAAAUAUUACAAAUAAAAUGUUGAGCCUUUAUUGUUCCAUUAUCUAAAUUCUUCAGGAGUCAAAAGAGUGAUUCAUUGAGUUGAAAUUGUUAGAUUUAUUUUGCCUGGUGACAGAUGAAGUAGCUGACAGUGGAGCUCUGCGCAGCCUUCUACAUACUAACAUGACGACGUGGGUCAGGAGCGUGUUGUGUAUUAGAGAGGAGUGAGAGACAGCAUAUUUUCAACUUUCUUUUAAAUACAAAUUGAGUAUAUUUUCCUAUUUUAUAUCAAGUAUCUAAAUUAGGCCAGUUGUGUGGAAGAAACCACAGAGCUGCUUUGACAGACACAAUCUUUUUGGUGCUCCGUCUGGUCAAAGUUGAAAAGUUGAUUUCCAUUUAAAGAGACAGACUUGAUCAUUGCCUCUGAUUUCAGUAGAAUGAUGGUUUGAUACUGGUCAGUGACUUUCUGUGUGGCUAGACAAGAGGUGAAUGUUAGUGUUCCAUUGUGAGAUGCCCCCAUGGCCCUCAACUGUAUGGUAGUCUCUGCACGUCUGGGAGCCUGGCAGAAGACUAGUUCGGGUUUGAGUUUUGUUUAAAAUGAAGAGUACACCUUAUUCUCAGUGUUUGAAACAAAUGAGUAAAAUGUAACUCUAGUAAAGUCCAAAGUAGACAUAGUUGGGCAGAAAUAUUAUGAAUGAAAAAGUAUUUUAAACGUAAAAUGUUCUGCUUUGUGAAUAUGUAAGUAUAGUAUAAAGAUUUCUUUCAUCCCAUUUAUCCCCUUCCUUUAAAAUAAACCAUAGUUUACAAUUGGUAGAUCUGUCUAUAUAUAAAUAUAUAUUAAAGAGCAAAUAUAUAUAUUUAAAAAAAAUCACCUAAAUCUGCUUUAUUAGACAGUAGUUCACUUAUUGCAUAGAAACUGGACUUGGCUUUACAUCCUUAAUGUACUUUAUUUUACUCGAGAUAAGACCUUAUCUUGAAACAGAACUUCUUUUAUUACUUAAAUCAUUUAUGUAUAUCUGGUAAAUUAUGACCAAAUUUUUGUUAGAUUGCAUACAGUAAGUUGAAAUACACAUUUGGUACACUACGGGAUUGUUGUGCUUCUGUUUUGAUUUUAGUUGGAAACAGGUUUGAUGUAGAUGACUUAUUACUGUUAAUUUAAAAUAUUCUAUAAUUGUCCAUUGCCUUUUAUGUCGUGUUGUGACAGAUUUGGCUAUAUUUUUAGUCAUCUGAAAUAUACUUUAAAAAGUUUGUUUUUAGGUAAUCCAAAGGAAAAAAAAUGUUUAUACUCUUGAAUAUAUAUUUGCCUCAGCCUAUAUAAGUUUCUUUGAAGUAAACACUUUAUCAGAACAGAAUUGACAGAUUUUUCUACUUGCUGACUGCCUAAGUUAUUUUGUUUCAUGGUCUUGAGGGAUCGCCUUUUUCCCUUCAAGAUCUUUUUUAAAAAAUAGUUUUAGUACUAAGGUAUACUACUGGACGUUUCUAUUUUUUUAAGUAUUCCUUUUCUGACAAUACAACUUCAGGAAGUUGAAAAAUUGUUUGAGAACUUUUGAUUGGUCUCAGAAAGGUAAUGAAUUGGAUACUCAUGAUUUUGUCUGGAGGUCUGACAGAGUUAUGUUGUACAUUUGGUGAAAUUUUUCUUGUAAUUUAUAUUUUAAAUAAAAUAUUUUUAGAGUUUUUAAUUUUAAUGAAGGGGAAGAGCAUACACUUUCAUAUUCCACAGUGGCAAUACCAUGUCAUAAAUUCAGAUCAUGUGUUAUUUCUCUCAGACACACUUCCCAUAUGGUCCCUCAUUUGUCAUGGUUAUUAUUUCCUAGACAAGCUGCUAAAUUCUAGUGCCCUAGUCAUCAGGAUCUUGAGGGUAUGCAGUAUUGGAAGGGGAAACAGGACAGAAACCAGUAGUUUUUACUUUGGAGGCAAAAAACACUAUCUGGCUUAGGUUGAGUCAUCCCAAUGAAGAGCGAAUUAAUUACUACCGUUCACAGAGUACUCAGGCACACUAAGUAGUUUAAUAGUAGAUGUGAGCCAAGAACAAAGUUAAUGAAAGCUAGUAGAAUGGGAGAAGUGAGGAAGUUAAAGAAUUAGGACUUUCAAAGGGCCCAAGGAUGGCUCGAGUGUAAAUGUGGAAAGGCAGCGACAAGCCCUGAGACCUUACCCUUCUCUGAGCAGAUAGCAUAAGAGGGUUAGAAUCAUUUCUCAGACUGAUGACUCAAGCUCCCGCGCCUUUUUGGUAUGCCUAUACUUUUGUGUUGUCUGCCUUAUUGUUUUCUAGACUCUAAAGUAGGUGCUAUUCUAUUUUACAGAUAAAGGCUCAGAGAAAUCAAACAUUUGCCUGACUACUACAGCUCACCAGAUCUGGAUUUGAUCAGGUCUGCUUUGGAAGCCCCGGCUCUUUUAGGAGGCUCUAUUCGCCCCAUAAAACAGCUUUUUUGUAAAUUUAUAUUCUCCCUAUAAAAUGGCUGCGUUAGGGAUUUUGUAUCCUAUCUGCCCCCAGUAAGCAUUCUACCACACGUUCCUUCUGGUAGCUCUCGUCACUUUGACUUAAGCACCUCACUGUAGUCGGUGUCAUUAGUGAGCUGUGACCUUUUCACUUUAUAAAAGGAUGGUUUUUUUAAUCUGGAGAAGUAGAUGUAAGCCUCAGUUUUUGUGCCGUUCAGUCACCCAGAUCCUUAAGCUUAACUAUGGUACCUAAUCUACACAGUUUGAACUAACAGAUGAUUAUUUAUUUUGUCCCUCCCCUGCUGUAUCCCAGGCUUCAAGUGAACUUGAACAAGGUCGUUUAAAACAUGUUAGGGAUAAGCACACUUUCAAAGAUGUUUUCUAGCCCUGAAUUUUAGGAUAUUGGGGCACUAAAUUUGGAAUACACUAUUAAGAAUGAAAUUUGGGGUUUGUGAAAGGGGUGGUUGAGGCCAUUAUGAUGUGGGAGAAUCAGCAUCUUAAACACUGUAAACAGAACACUUUCUUCUGCCUGCUGUUUGUGAAAGCUCUGGGAAGAUCUUUUACAAAGACCAACUUUUUUUUUUUUUAAAUGUAAUUUACCUACCUAAUAUAAGUGUCCUGAGACAUGUAUGUAAACUUCCAAAAUCUGUCUGUCUGUGUAUUUAGGAAAUACACAGAAUCUUUAUCAACUUAAAAUAUAAACUUGUGAGCACUAAACUGCUUCUGGCUUUGUGAAUUUUAUUGGUAUUUAAUUCUGAUUUAUUUGCAGGUGUGCUAAUUUAGAGUAACUGGGUAAGGGGAACACCUUUGUAAACUUGGGGCAUUCAGAUAUCUGUGUACUUGGACUUUACAGGUUCGAAUUGUACAAUCUGAUGAGGUUUUUCUGUUUCUUAUAUGAAGGUGCGUAAAUAAGACUACCUCCUGCCCUCCCUGCAGGGCUGCUCUCACUGGUCACGCUGGCCUUUGUGAGGACCCAGAGGACCUAGAGCGUGGAGAGUUCCCUGUGGUCCACAUUGUGAAUGCUCUUGGAGAUGGGUGAAGUCAGAGCUGAAGCACUACCACAUAAAUACUGUAUAUUAGACAAAUUGAUUGCGAGUAAAUAUAUAAGAUUACAAGUUUCAA